AUGUCCGUGUCCGAAAACAAGAUCAUCCUAAUCACCGGCGCCAACUCAGGCGUCGGCUAUGCAACGACUCAAGUCCUAGCCGAGACCCCAACCCACCACAUAAUUAUGGCCUGUCGGGACUCACAUAAGGGCGAAAAGGCCAUGUCUGAAAUUAAAAGCACCGGGAUUAAAGGCACACUCUCCGUCCUCAGUCUGGACAUCGAAGACGACGCCUCGAUAACCAAAGCGGUAGACAAAGUGACUCACGACUUCGGCCGAAUCGACGUGUUCAUAAGCAAUGCUGGGACCGCCGCGCCAGAAAGCAGCGGGCGUGAAAGGCUGACCAAAAUUUUCUCGACAAAUGUUAUCGGGGCAAUGCUUGUCACGGAAGCCUUUCUCCCGCUCCUCCUCAAAUCUGCCAAACCGUAUAUGAUCCAGGUGUCCAGUGGCUUGGGUUCAUUGACCGAGGCGACCGAUCCCAGCUGUCCACACUAUGCUGCGCCGUGGGAUGAGUAUCGUAUGAGCAAGGCCGCGCUCAAUAUGAUGACUGUUCAGAUGCAUAAGCGGCUGCAGGGGCAGGUAUCCGUGUUCGCGUUUUGUCCUGGGUUAGUGAGGUCAAACUUGCGGGGGGAGUCUGAGGCCGCUGUGAAUGCGCAGGGUAGAGCGGGGGAUCCGUUGGAGUCUGGCCGGGGUAUUUUGGGAAUUGUUAUGGGAGAGAGGGAUGGAGAUGUUGGCGGCUUUGUUCAUAAGGACGGUGGUUGGAAGUGGUAG